AUGCCGUCUAUGCCACCCUUUUCAAGGCGAGAGAAGAUAGCCACCUACGAGAAGGUUUGCUGGCCAAUCGUCUGGGAAGAGCAGAGGAUAAAUUCCCUGGACGGAGUGGAGAUCGCCUUGUGUGUUGGGCGGAAUGUAGCAAUAAUGACGGGCAAGGAAGAAAAGCAGGUGAAGGGGCCGGAGGGAGAGGUCGUUAUACUGUAUUUCCAGGGAAACGGGUCCUCGAUUCCCCCUCGUCUGCCUCAACUGUCGGCCGUGCUAAAGGCAUUGGACGAGCGGCCAUACACCCUCAUUGCGGUUUCAUAUAGAGGAUUUUGGACUUCUCGUGGUCGAGCGUCCCAGCGUGGAAUUGAGCGGGAUGCCGUUGCUGCCCUAAACUGGGCCCGGAAGACAUAUCUCCGUCCAGAUACCCGGCUUGUCCUUUGGGGCCAAAGCAUAGGGGCAGGGGUGGCCACUUUUCUUGCAGCAUCACACCACCGACAACAUGACUGCUUGAGGCGGUCAGAACCACCAGCCUUGAUACUCGAGACGCCAUUUGUGAGUGUACGGUCGAUGCUGCUCGCUCUUUACCCACAGCGUUGGUUGCCGUAUCGAUAUCUCGGCCCGUUUCUACGAAAUUGGUGGGACUCGGAGGAAGCUCUACGCUCGAUAUCUAAUACUAGGCCAAACGGGACAGGCAGGAGAAAGGUCCUCGUCGUUUCAGCGGAAAAGGACGAGCUGGUCCCUUCUGAACAAGCAGAUGCCAUAGAAAAACUGUGCACUGGGGGUGGGAUGGACGUAUCUCGAACAAGGGUUCGAGGCGCAUUGCAUACCGAAGCUACAUUUCGAGGUGACGGGAGAAACGCAGUGGUGAGCUUUUUGAAACGACUAUAA